GGCAAGUGGAAGACACCUGCACAGUGACUUGAACAUCCUGUGCCUUAAUGUGUGUUUCAUCUGACUGAACGAAGCUGUUCACAUCUGUGACGAGCACUUGAAUGUCAGGCCAGUCCCUCAGACGAUAAGAUGAACGUUUUAAAAUGGUCUCUGCUUUUUCUGGGUCUUUGCUAUACAGGUGAAGCCUCUUCUUGGACAAUUCAGGUGCCCUCCUCAGUUAAAGGUCUUCUUGGAUCCUGUGUGGUCAUUCCCUGCUCAUUUAACUACCCUGAUCCAGGAAAGCAGGUCACUGAGUUUACUGGGAUUUGGACCGAUGCUACCAGUCAUGUCAUUUAUCACCCAGUCAAGUCUAAAAUGCUGCAGCAGUACCGUAAUAGGACGAAGCUCCUGGGAGACCUCAGACAGAAGGACUGCUCACUGAUGAUUGAUCCGCUUCAAGCAAGUGACCAAGGGCCUUUUCAUUUUAGGAUCGAAAUUGAAGACUAUGACAAGUACUCUUACAAAGAAAACACAGUCUCCAUUACAGUGACCAGUGAGGUAAAUCCCAUCCUUUUCUCUGAAAAAGAGGACGUCAUGGAGGGUGAGACUGUGUCUGCGACCUGCUCCGUGUCUCACUCCUGUCCGGCCUCCCCACCCGUCUUCACCUGGAUACACUCUGGACAAACACAUUCACAGCAACAGAGCCUUAACAACGGCCAGUGGAAUGCAACGUCCACGCUCACCUUUCACCCGACUCACGCUGACCACAACAAGCCUUUACAAUGUACUGUGAGGUACAAGGGAGGACAGCAGCAGAAAAUACAGAGGGCCCUCAAAGUCAAAUAUGCCCCUGUGAAUGUUAAGGUAGAGCAGAAGUCAGUAGUAAAAGAGGGAGAGUCUGUGCUGCUCAACUGUUCCAGUGACGCACGGCCUCCUGCUAACAGCUACGAGUGGCACAAUGACUCUGAUGUUCAGCUCCACAAGGGAAAACUCUACAUGCUGCGAAACGCCUCCAGACACACAGGAGCCCUCUACUGUACAGCCAUCAACACACUCGGUCGAAACAAAUCAAGCCCUGUGAAGCUCAAUGUCAUAUAUGCUCCUGAGAUCAAGAGCGCCUCCUCAUGCUCCUCUGAAGGGGUUAUGAUAAAGUGUGUGUGCAUUGCAGAGUCACAGCCUCCGAGCAUGGUCCAUUUUUUGGUUUCUAACAAGGUCCUGCCACACAUCAAAACAGACCGUCAUGGGUCUGUAACUAUUGCAACUCUGGAGGCUGAUUUAGGAGCUUCUGAGGUUAUUCAGUGCCUGGCCAACAACACUUUGGGCAAAGAUCAUCUAACGUUGCAUUUACCAGCAGACAGAAAUCUUUAUAUCUAUAUCGUCAUUGCUGUUGCCGCUGCUGUAGUGAUUUUGGUGAUACUGCUAGUAGUGAGAGUGGUGAAAAAAAGGUUGCAGGUUCCUGAUUCACCAACAUCUCACAUACAGACCAAAGAGAUACACAAAGCAGUGGAGCUCCCACAGUACGCUGCAACAGCCAGGAAAGAGGGCUACAACGAUGCACAUGACCCCGGCAUUUACGCUAAUGAUCAUUUAUAUGGAAACAUGCAGACUGAGUGGGAACCAGAUGAUGACGCCAUAUACGCCAACGUGUGACCUGGAACUCAUUGGAUGGACAGCUGGUUGUCUGCCUGUAAAAACGUGUGACUAUUCUAAAGUUUAUAUAUUACAUUUUCAUUUCUAGACUUAUUGUGUAUAUAUGCUUCAUGCAAAAACAGUGUCAUUAAUAUAUUUUUGUGUUUGCAAUAAAUGUCCCUAUGUGUUUUGGAAAAUCAGUAUUAACCCAGCUAGCAAUUUUUGUUCUCAAAAUGUUCUGAGAAUGUGGUCAAAAAUGUUCUUGUAAUGUUCUCAGCGAGAAGUUUUUGUUACGUUCCCAAAAUGAUCCAAGAUAAUGUUCUCUCAAAACAUUCUAAAAAUGUUUGGUGGUAUCCUUCUUAAUAUGUUUGGUGACAACAUUGUUCGAACAUUAUGCCCUAAUGUUCUUAAAAUGUUCUGAGCGGGAAGUUUUCUUUACGUUUCCAGAAUUAUCCUGGAUAAUGUUCUCUGCAAACAUUAUGAAAAUAUUUUGGGUUCACCUUCAGAAAAUGUUAAGUUAAAACAUUGCUAAAAUAUUAUGCCCUAAUGUACUUACAAUAUUUUCAGCUGUGUCUUUUGUUCCCAAAAAGAUUUAGGAUGUUCUGUAAAAAAUAUUCUAAAAGUGUUUGCAUGCAAUUUCUUUUUAGAAGCAACUUCACGCAACUCCUGAAAGCAGAAAUCUGAAAAUGCAAAUGGAGGCAGGAGAAACAAAAGUUCAAACAGAUGUCGUAAGCUCUUUUCUUUAUUUUUAAACACAAAAGCUUGUAGCUUGUAUUUAAAAAUUAAUUAAAUUAAUGUUCUGCCACAAAAAAAAAAGAUAUGCAUUUUCAUAUCACCCACCUUGAAAUGUCUAAUAAUAACGUGAUAAUGAAGAAAAACUAUCUUAAUUCA